AAAGAUUUGUGGGGGCCAAAGUCAAAACAACAAUGAGGGUCUCCUAAAAACUGAUAUUCCAAAUGUGUCUAGCCACCGCAAUCCUCAAACCCUAAUUCUUCAAUUCAAUUCAAUGGAAUCAUUACCAUCAUCUUCCACUACUUCGAAUUCGAAAUCAAUAAUCGAUUCUGGAGAACGAAACUGGCUGGAUCUUCCACGAGAUGCAGUCUUAUCCAUUUUCCGGAAGCUCGACGCAAUCGAUCUUCUCGUUCGCGCUCACAAUGUUUGCACCACAUGGCGCAAAAUCUCCAAAGACCCUUUUCUCUUUCGCACCAUUAACAUGCCCAAUUUAGGUGAACCUGACUAUCAGCUCGAUUUAGAGACUUUAUGCCAGCGCGCAGUUGAUUACAGCUGCGGCCACAUAAUUGAUAUCAACAUCGAGUAUUUUGGUACUGAUGAUCUUCUCCACCGUAUCGCUAAUUCCGCAAGUCAUCUACAACGCCUUCGUCUUGCAUCUUGCUGGAGCAUAUCAGAUGAAGGAUUGUGUGAUGCUGCUGAAAAGUUUCCUUGCUUAGAGGAACUUGAUAUAUCAAUCAGCAACUUAUCCGAUCGUCUUUUCGAACCAAUUGGCCGACGUUGCCCUCGAUUGAAAACAUUGAAAUUCAACAGUCAAGGGUACAGACAUCCACACAUUCAAUAUGAUGAUGAUGAUGAGGAUGCAUAUGAUGAUAACGAGGCAUUUGCUAUUGCAAAAUACAUGCCUGGGUUGCGCCAUCUCCAGCUUAUCGGAAACGAGAUGACUAAUGAUGGCUUGGUUGCUCUUCUUGAUGGCUGUCCUCACCUUGAAUCUCUUGACAUACGUCGGUGUUUCAAUGUUAAUUUGGUAGGAACUUUGGGGAAGCGAUGUAAAGAGCAGAUCAAGUAUUUUCGGCUUCCACAUGACGCCACUGAUGACUAUCCAUUUCAAACAUCUGAAUGUGAUUAUGGAUCACCUGUUGAAGACGAUGCAGAUGAGAGUGAUUUGAUGUCUGACUAUGAUUAUGAUUAUGAAGACUAUGAUGACUUCUUAGGUGAGGGUGAUUUUUCUGAUGAUAACCCCUUUACCUUUUGAAACAUUUCAGCACAACAGGAGAAAUGUGUUGUAAAUGUCUUGGUCACUUGUUUCUCUUUAACAUUGGAUAAUAUAAAAGUUAAGAACGACCGAACAAUGUUGUUUUGAUGAAUUUUCUGAAUAGUGAUGAUGCUUGUAUAAUGAAUUUGGUAGUCGGUCACAGUGUGACAGUCUUCUAUAUGGGUAAAUUGCGGAUAAUCAUAUUGUACCUUUGUGAAGUACAAUCAUUUUGCAACUUGUGGCAAUUUAUCUGCCUUUAUAUUCGAAAAUAUGAAAGUUUUAGUUUGGCUUUGAA